UCGAGUCUCAAGUGCCUCAUGUACCUACCCAUUCCGGCGCUUCAAAUAUUCGUCUACUGCUGGGGCGGACACGAACUCAUGGAAAAUGGGCUCUCGGUGUCGCUGUCGGCGUACAGCAGUCAGUGGGUGGGAGCCGGCAGACGCGUGACCAGGGCGCUGCGCAUGCUCAUGUGCCGGGCACAGCGGCCGCUGCGGCUGCAUGCCGGGAAGCUCUACCCCGUCAACAGGGACACCUUCGUCUCCUUGAUAAACGCGUCGUUUUCUUUCUACACCGUUCUACGCCACAUGAAAAAUCGCUGAUCGACAACGACAUCGUCUGUGAAGAAGAAAAUGCAGCAGCACUUAUCUGCUGG